UCCCGGGCCCUUUGUCACUGAGGCCCUCAGGCCCCAGUGGUUCUAGUGAGGGGAGGGCCUGAGCUUGAGCAGGCCAGCAGCUCUGGGCCCCAAACCGGUUUUCCCACCUCUACUGAGGCUGGCACAUCACCCCUGUGGUUCCCUGCCCCCACCUCCUCACAGUUCCUCCUCUCUCCACCCUGGAAUGUGGGGUGGGGUGGGGGGUGUUGCAGGCAGUUAUCCAAGUCAUCUUUUUAAACAAGAAGGUGGAAUGACUUUCCCUUCCGUACCUCUGACUCUCAGGGAUUCCCUUAAGACCUUGAAGGCUUCAGAACUAAGUGAAAGCAAAAAAGCAGUUGGGAUUCCCAGCCCCCACCCUGGCCUCCAUCCAGUCCCAUCUGAGCCCCGGAGGAUGAGACAAGGAAGCCCAGCCUACCCCCUGGCCUGCUCUGGAGUAAAUAUGUGGGAGCAGUAGCCUUCUCCCCAGAUGCCCCUGGCCAACCCAAGGCCCUCACCUCAAAUACCAACAAGGCAAAUACUUCCAUUUGUCUCCUGCCAACAAGAACACCUCUUUUGCUGGAACUGAGAUCAUCUCAUUAAUGAUAACACCAACUGGCAUUAAUAGGGCUCUUGCUGUGUGCCAGGCUCUAUGCUAAGUACUUUAGAUGCUCACAAAGCCCCUGUGAAGUAGGUAAAACCAUGAGAAACACAGAACAGAAAGGUUCAGUAAUGUGCCCAAAGCCAAACCACUAGUAUGUGGCAGAAGCAAGCUCUCUCCCCAGGCUGACUCUAGAAGUGCCCCUUUACUAAGGAAUUCCUAACCCUAACCAUAUUCCUAAAGGAAUUGCUUACUGACUCAGUUUCUCUUUAAAAAAAAAAGCUUUUUAUUUAUUUAUUUUUGGCUGUGUUGGGUCUUCGUUUCUGUGCGAGGGCUUUCUCUAGUUGCAGAGAGCGGGGCCACUCUUCAUCGCGAUGUGCGGGCCUCUCACUGUCGCGGCCUCUCUUGUUGCGGAGUACAAGCUCCAGACGCGUAGGCUCAGUAGUUGUGGCUCACGGGCCUAGUUGCUCCGCGGCAUGUGGGAUCUUCCCAGACCAGGGCUCGAACCCGUGUCCCCUGCGUUGGCAGGCAGAUUCUCAACCACUGCGCCACCAGGGAAGCCCCUGACUCAGUUUCUAACCCAUGGAAGAAUAGCUCUUGGAGAUGAGGGAUGUGGAAGUGUCUACAGGAGCUCUUGAAGCUCCUGUACCUAUAACUAACCCCUGUUCCCCCAGUCCCCAAAUACAGGGCUUUUGUAAAUACCCUUCCCAUUCUCUGUAUUACUCCUUAGGGAUGGUAGGUGAGAACCAUCCCCAUUUCAUGAAGGAGGAAAUAGGGUUCAGGACUAUAAAUGACCUGCCCAAGACACUGGCCUUGAGCUCUGGUGCUCUCCCUGGGAGUCUGGGUUACAUAUAAAAUGCCUCACUGGGACACUACUUGGGGGGUGGGGGUCAGUGGUGUGGGGAUGGCCCUGUGAGCACAGAGCUUUGAGGAGGGACCUAGCAAGGAGGCACUGUCACCCAGCCUACCACACAGUCCAGAUGUGAAGCAGCUGGUGAUUAACAAUGGACCACCAGAUAAAGCUGACAAACACUGGGAUGCUGACUUCACUUGGGACUGAUUGCUAAAGGACCCUGGAGGAGUUUCCUUGUCCUGAGGAUACUGAUGCAGGGGUUCUGGAGGCCUGGUUGGCUUUGGCAGUUCCUAGAGUGGGCCAAUGUCUGGUGAGCAGUUGGCAGAGGUGAUUUCUUGGGAGGUGGACAAGACAAACCGCCUUUUCAAAGCUGGGGCCUGAGAGGAGGUAGCUGGAGGGGGAAAACUACAACUCCCAGGAGCCCUUGCUCCCCCGGCGACUCGAGUAUGGUUGCCAUGGUUUCAGAAAACAAUAUGGCCGCUCCCAGCUGGAAAGUGAGUCUGGGUUAGAGAGGCAGAGGAGGAUCUGGGUGGCAGCAGUGGCGAUAGAGGAAGCUCUUGAGGGGUCGUGAGGUUGGGCCUGGACUCUGCACGGCUGGAACGGCCUGACCUUUCUGAGGGCGCCAAUGGCGGGCAGCGUGGACGAGGAAGCGCUGCACCAACUGUACCUGUGGGUAGACAACAUCCCUCUGUCCCGGCCCAAGCGAAAUCUCUCCCGGGACUUCAGUGACGGAGUCCUGGUCGCAGAGGUCAUCAAGUUUUACUUCCCCAAGAUGGUGGAGAUGCACAAUUAUGUUCCUGCUAACUCUCUCCAGCAGAAGCUGAGCAACUGGGGUCACCUGAACAGGAAGGUGCUGAACAAAUUGAGCUUCUCUGUACCAGAUGACGUGAUGCGCAAGAUUGCACAGUGUACCCCAGGCGUGGUGGAGCUGGUGCUCAUUCCACUGAGGCAGUGCCUGGAGGAGCAGCAGAGGCGCAGGAAGCAGGGCACCAGCUCCUUACAGGAGCUGGCUCCCCAGGAUGGCACUGACUACAUAGAUGUGGGUUUCUCCCAGAAGGCCCGAGGGGAAGGUGCUCCAGACCCCCAGGGAGGGGGGCAGCUCAGGGUGGGCCGGCUGCCUGUGCCCCGGCCUCUGGGGUAUAGCCAGGCACUGCAGGGCGACCGAAGCUUCGUCCUCCAGAUUGCUGAAAAGGAGCAGGAGCUGUUGACCUUGCAGGAGACUGUGCAGGUCCUGCAGAUGAAGGUGAGACGCUUGGAGCACCUGCUCCAGCUCAAGAACGUGCGCAUCGAAGACCUCUCCCGGCGGCUCCAGCAGGCGGAGCGUAAGCAGCGGAGAAUGGACUGCUUUCCAGAACCUAGAAGCCACAUGCAGAGACCUGGCAUGCACCUCAAAGCAGUGCCUGACACCAGAGGGGGUUCUGCCUUGGUGCUCCCUGUGCUGGGCCUUGGGGGGUGGUUCCCCAGCUCGGUCCGCACCCCUAGAACCCGGUCCCCGCCCAGCUCUGAUGACAGCAGCGUCUCCAUCCAGGCUAGUCCUCUGUGCCCUGGGCCAAAGGGGAAGCUGCCCCAGACACCUGAGGGGCUUCCUCGCCCCUCCUGGGCACUCACCUGGGACCCAGCUGGAGGCUGGAAAGUGCAACAGCUGAAGGGGUGAGGAGUGAGCUCAGCCAGGAGUGGGGAAGACAUGGGCUGUGCUUGUUCCAAUUGCCCUCCCCUCACAGGGGUUAUGUUAAGAAUGUCUGGGCUGCCCCCAUUAAAGGUAUGCUCUCC